CUUGUUAUGGAAGCUUUCCCGAGAGAAAAGUAUUUGAAACGCAGAGGUUAUGUAGCAGUAGAUGAUAUCUUCUUGAUGGAUGGAUUUUGCCCAGGAGACUGCACAUUUGAAAACGAUUUUUGCAACUGGACGAAUUCCAACACAAGUGAUGAAUUUGACUGGAAAAUGGGUCGAGGCAGCAGUAGUUCCGUAACAGGACCUUCACGAGAUCAUGGCAGCAGCGUUACUUGGAGGGAAACAGGUGGCUAUGCAUAUAUUGAUUCAUCAUUCCCAAACAAGCCUGGGGAUAAAGCUCAGCUGUGGAGUCCAGUUUUGAAUCCUCAUGGGAAUGGAAGUGCUUUAUGUUUAAGUUUUUGGACAUCUUUGUAUGGUGCUGGUAUAGGAGCACUGCGGGUAUAUAUGUACGACAAUACAACGAACGCAACAGGCGAUCCUAUAUGGGAGCUGUAUACUGGCACCUUGACCCCCGAUCAGUGGUAUAAAGGAGAGGUACCACUUUCUCUUCCAAGGCCUUUUAGGGUUAUUUUUGAAGCUGAAAUCAAUUUACCUGGAGAAAGUGAUAUAGCUAUAGAUGAUAUAGCUUUAAAUAAUGGAACAUGUCCAAGUGUACCACGAGAGGCCAGUAAAUCAGGUGAUUGCGCGUUUAUCGUGGAUUCUUGCGGAUGGAAAGAGAUGGACACAAAGACGAGACCCGAGAGUCCUUCUUUGUGGAGCCGAACAACAGGAGAAGGUACGCUUCUUUACCCAGAAGGCCACUCAUCAAUGUCUGGUGCAUCUAGACAAGAUUCUUACAUGAUGUUCAACACUGCAAGUUAUCAGCAUGCACCCUUAGACAAAGGCCAAUUAAUCAGCCCUGCUUUGCCUCAUUCAAAUUACACGUACUGUCUUAGCUUCUGGGUUUACAUGUAUGCCAGCACAGCUGGGGUGCCCAUAGGAGGUUUGCUGGUUAAGAUCCGGCGUUCGGAUAAUUCUUCCGAGAUUCUUUGGAGGCUGGACAACCAUCAGGCUUCCCACUGGAUUCAUUCUCAGCUGUCAUUGCCAUCUCACUGGAAUUCUUCAGACAGAGUAAUUAUCGAAGCUAUAAAAGGUGGUGAUACAAGAGCUGCUAUAGCUGUCGACGAUAUCACAUUCACAACGCCAUAUAAUUGCACCAUUAAACCUCUCAAAGCCCAAGUUCAUCCAGCUGACUGCGCAUUCGAUCGAGAGCUCUGCGGUUGGCAAGUGGUCAAUUCUUCAACUACUGGUCCCAAAUGGCGACUGCCAUCCGGAAAUACAAAGCCGGCAACGGUCAAGGAUCAUACCUAUCAAGUGCUUGGAGACGGUUUCGUAUAUAUGGAUGUCUUUUCUACUCCCAAUCCUGUCAGCAGCACUUUACAGAGUUCGCAUAUCUAUGGCAACCCUAAUAUCACCUACUGUCUCAGCUUUUGGUAUUUAGCUUUGGAAACCGAAGAGGGAGCCACUCUCCUAGUUCGAGCCCAUUAUAACAACACUCAUCAGGAAUUGUGGAAACUUACCAGAGAUAAUUCUCUGCAGACGCACUAUCAGUAUGGUCAAGUGAAUGUGACUCUGUCUUCUAAUUUUACGGUGGCAUUCAUAAGCACCGUUCAAAAGUCAGGAUGGGUUUUAGAUGAUAUCAAAUUUUCUAUGGGACCUGUUUCAAACACCACAACGUGUGCAUUGAGACCACCUGGUGCAAAAGUUAGUUGAAGAAGUAUGGGUAUUAAUGAAAAUGUUGAGUGAAAAUGUAAAUAAAUAUCAAAUAAACUUUUGAAGAAUAAAUUUUGAAAGAAAUGUUUGGGAGUUAUGCCAUAGAUACAAAAUGUUCAAAACAAUUUUGAAGUUUUUAAUAUUGUGCUCUUACGCAUGUCAUUUUGCACAUCAGUAUUUAUAAAUGUUUCAGUAAAUUUCUCAUAUUAUUUGAAAUAAUAAGUUGUAGUAAGUUAUUUUUAUUUAAAUAUUUUCUUAACACAUUCUGCAAAGGAAAAAUUGUUUUCACUGCAUGAGAACAGUGAGGGCAAAGUUAAUGAAAUUGAAAUAUUUGUCAACAGUAAAAAUAAAAUACCUAAAAUUGACAAUCUUUUUCUUCAGGGAUUUCAAAUGUAUCAUGACUGCGUACUGAAAAGGUAAUGUAUUUAGUAGUAUAUUACCCUAUCCAUUUCCACUAUGCAGUCAUGAUGUGAAAUGUUCAAAGUGUUUUACAGACUUUACAAAUUCUUCAUGUAUCCCCUUUUCGUGAUAAAGCAUAUGUUACUUUAAUCCUGUUUGAAACAUCUUAAUUACUUUCCUUGGACUACUUUAUCAGGUAUUUCUCCCGCCUCCUUAGCAUGCCUUCGUUGUGUAGUGGUCACCACUCUUUGCGCGUAUUCGAGACAUCCGUGGUUCGAAUUCCGGAGAGCGCAUUGCUCAUUUUUCUUCUCUCCUGCUUUCAGAAAUACCUAAUGUAUCUACAACUUCAAUGAUAGCAGUGAUGAUGCAGUGAUUUAUUUUCACUACAUCUGGAGCCCGAUCACAUCCAAAUUCUUGAAUCGUAACGGACCUCCAAUGGAAGGAACCACAUGACGUUAAAUCAGAUUAAAAGUUUCAAUUACUUAUACAAAUUUGAAAGUAUAUGUUAUGGUAUAAUGUAAUUACUUUAACUAGUUCUAAAUCCUGUGUGAGGUUUUAAUGUAUAGUCUAGAUGUUUGUCAUAUAUGCAUAUUUCUCAUGCUGUAAAGAAUGCAUACGUAUUUUGUGUAUCACAGUUUCGACUUUCAAAUAUAUUAAUCUGUUAACAUAUUGCAUCAUCGAUUGAUUUUUAUAACAUAUGUUUCAUUAUUUUAUUUCUGUAAAAGUUCUUGUGUUCAUUGUUUUGAAUUGUAGUCAUAAUGUAAAAUUAUUAUGUAUAUCUAAAAUUAUUAUGAUUUUGCUUUCAAGUAUUAAAUUGCAAACCUCUUAUUAAUAACUUAAAUAUACUAAUUUCGUUUUAAAAACUUCACUAUGUUUGCAUGUUGCCUACGUAACUUAUUCAGCAAAAGGUAUUAUGACCAUGUUAGAGGACAAAAGCAAAGAAAUUAAUUGUUUUCACAUUGAAUAAUAAGAUGUGAGUAAUGAAUGAAAUUAUAAAAUCAAAAUUAUACGUGUUGUAAGUUAUAAAUAAAAUUCUUCUAAUAAUUAGAAAUUUCACACUUAAAAGGUUUUCUAGCACAUUUUCAUGUAGAGCAAAAAAUUGUAUCAUGAAUUUUUCAGCUUUUUAAUUUAUUUGGUUUGGGACAUUUAAGGACAAGUCUUUGUAUAUUCUGUCUUUCUAUAUUUUAUUUGCAUGUUCUAUAGUAAAUACAGAAGAAGUUGUUUUCUGUUAAAUCCGUUUUCUGUUAAUCAUCUGACAACAUCUCGUAUUUGAAUCACUGACUGUUUCGUUAGAAACUUUCCGUAUCUGCAUCAAUGACUAUGAAAUUAAAAACAAGAUUUUGCUUUGAAA